CGGAGGUGAGAAUUACCUGAUAAUUGCUAAUGGGAUGGUCUGGAGCUCAAACGACAGAUAGCUCAUGUUCCUGCAGCCAGGAACAGACUUCACGUUUGGAACCAACGACAGGGUUUAUGGCUUUUUCAGCAGUUAUUAGAUUGCUUCUCCUCCUAUCCCAUUUUCAGGCUGCGGGAUCUGUGCACGGUUGUGGAGGAGAUGGGGAUUGUGACCAACAAAUCUCAAAAUCCAACACUGAGAAACCUCUCGAGCAAAGCCCCGAAUCCCUGACUGAGUUUAACCAGCUCAACAACAAACGCCGAGAAGCAAACUCUUCGGUGGCCGCGAACAUCAUUCGCUUCGUUGGGCUGACGGACAGUAAAACCCUAGACAGGAGUUGCUGCAGUAAUGGUGGGACUUGUAUCCUGGGCAGCUUCUGUGCAUGCCCACCACCCUUCGUUGGUAGGUACUGUGAACUGGAUGAACGUCUCAAAAGGUGUGGCAAAUUUCUGGAUGGCCAGUGGGUGUUAAAACAUUGUACCUGGUGUAAAUGCGCCUAUGGAAGCCUCCACUGCCUAGAAACAUUUGGAAAGGUUGAGAACUGUGAUCCAGACCAGGAUGGUUAUUUGAGUGAAAGUUAUGGUGAACUGACUGCUGAUGCUGCCAGCCUGCUGCUAACACAGUACUUGCUGUUAUCUGUAUUGUGCUUUGUUAUAGUACUUGGGCUGUAAUUUUAUGACUUAGUGGGGAAAAUCUAUUUUAAUUUUAUUUGUAGCUCCUUGAGGAGGGCUGCUGUUUCUGUCGAAAUUUCCCUUGUCGUGGAGGUUUGAUAUCCUCCAGUAUCUGGCAUAACUGACCAUCUAUGAGAAAAUACCAUUGAAGCACCUAUAUUGUAGCUCCAGACCCAGGA